AUGGAGGAUGUCAUCGAUUUUGGCAAUGGGCAGCCGGCUGCUGAGGAGCUACCAAACAUUAUUGUGCGACAGGCUUGCCAAGAGCUCUUUGCCGACAACGUUGAGCUACCACAGGACAGCAAGCGUCGAAAGCUCGGCUCUAGCAGUGUGGCAAAUGCGGCAAGCUGCUCCAGCUCAGCCUCUCGGCCAAUCCUUCCCAUAAGCUUCUUUUGGUCUUUUUCUCCAGCUGGCGGAGUGCAGACUUUUUUUCAAGUUCAAAGCGAGGGUCCCUUGGAGUACGGCGACUUUACGGGGAACUUUCGACAGCAGCUCUCAGACUUUUUGGGGCGGCAGGACGAAUCACGGCAUGGAAAGGGCCCGGAUCCUGCCCGAAUCUUGCUGACGGCCGGCGUCUCUCAGGGGCUUGACAUGGUGAGUACAAUGUGCGCCGAGAAAGGGGAUGUUGUGCUUGUGGAGAAUCCCACCUACUUCCUCGCUCCGGCCAUAUUCAAGAAUCAUGGCUUGCAGGUCGUUGGAGUAGACAGUGACGGGCAAGGUAUGGUGGUCCAGUCCCUGGUGAACGUUCUUCAGCAGCUCACAUUGAGCUGUCGAAAGGUAGCAAUGCUGUACACCAUUCCAGUUCAUCACAAUCCGACAGGACGUAGUAUGCCCGAGGAACGUCGUAAAGCUAUUGUCUCUGUUGCCAAAGAGCACGGCAUUCUGAUAGUUGCUGAUGAGGUGUACACGCUGCUCACAUACGGUACAUCCCCACCGCCAUCCAUGGCCACCCUGGGUGAGAAUGUGCUUUCUGUGGGCAGUUUCUCGAAGAUUCUUGCACCUGGACUGCGGGUGGGAUGGAUAGAAGGCUCUCCAGAGCAGUUAAAGCGAUUAAGUGCCUGGGGAGUCAUUGACAGCGGUGGCCAUUUGAGCCAUUUUGCUUCCUGCGUCGUUGCUACAACAAUGAUGUCCCGCGCUUUGGACACUCACCUGGGACACUUACGCAAAGUAUAUCAGGAACGAUGCAAGUGUUUGGUGGAUGCUUUGAGGGAUACGCUUCCAGAAGACUGCAGUGCAACCAGCCCUGAAGGUGGUUAUUUUGUGUGGGUAGAGCUCCCAAUGCACGUGGAUGCAGAGCGCUUGGCGUCUAAUCCUGACACUUUUGGCUUUGUGGCCAAGCCAGGACACUUGUUCACAACUGUGGAAGACGGCGACAACAAGAGCAACAAGAACUGCAUUCGCCUCUGCUUUGCCAGGCUAAGGAACGAGCAGCUGACUGAAGGAGUGAAGCGCCUGGUGGCUGCGAUCAAGCAGGCAAAAUCUCGCAAUCCCGUCGAAAACAGAGUGGACAAGGUUUUGACUCAUUCUGAGGUGGAGCUUUGCGCACGCGCGCAGCAAGCCGAGGUGGCCACAGAGCUCUUGGCAGAGGUCAUGUCAGCCUGUGGCGGAGGCUGGUGCCAACGGUGUUGCAUGAUCACUCUGAUUACAGUAGCCACUUUUCUGAAGGAAUCUGUUGAACGGAUAAUGCCUGCCGCUGCACCCAGCUUCAGUCAACAGGGAGCCGAGGCGACCAAAGGUCGUUUUUCUCCAAUUUUCCACUCUGCGGGGUUUUGUUGGGCGAUGGGGCUAAACCCAGCAUGGGUGCCGCAGAAGUCAUGGCACAGCACUAUUAGACUGGCAGAUGAGGCGCACGGCUGCUGGUCCAAAGCAGUGACCAGACUUUGCCAGGCCUUUGUUCCUACGCUGGGCUUGCUACAUGGCAUGGGCGUAGUUGACAUGGAUUCGGUAGUGGCAUCAGCUUGGCGGGAAGCCUACACCUGGCCAGCGGUUCACUGGGCGAUGAUCGAAGCAGUAGUUGCUGCAUUUGCGUUCUUUGCCUGGAUUUCUUGGUUCUUCAUUCUGAACGAAAUUCCUUGGGUCAAACCUUUCCGAAUGGUCGUCCGUGCGGAGUCGCAUCCAAUUAAUUCUCAUUGUGUGACCUCAAAGACUUACAGCAGAGUCUAUGCCUCCUUGCCGAUCUAUGUCGGAGGAGUGUGGUUGCUUCACUGCAUUAAAUCUGCCCCGAAUGUGCAGAGUGAUGACCCCACAGCCUUUCGGCUUUUCAUUGAGCUCGGGCUUGGCAUUGUUGCAUACGAUUUCAUCUUCUACUGGAUUCACCUUGCGAUGCACAAGUUCCCCAACUCAUGGCACAAGCAUGAAACCCAUCAUGAGCUCAAAGUGCAUCCUGUUUGUGGAACCAGCUUCUUGGGGGUGGAACUCGUGGUGAACCAGUCCAUGGAAGAUGCCUUUAUGCAAGUGAUGACCAACAUCUUGGUUCAGAAUCUGCCUCUUUUCAGAGGCCUGCCCAAGCACAAGUUCAGCCGGCUUCUCCACAACAUCCUGGUGACAUAUCUUCUUUCUGAGGCACAUUCUGGCUUGGACCUUCCCUGGUCUAUGCACAGAAUUCUCCCGAAGAUCUAUGGGGGAGCAUACCGUCACGAGUUUCAUCACCAGAGAAGAGAUUGUUGCUUUCAUCAGUUCUUUUGCUACCUGGAUGACUUCUUCGGCUAUGGCCCUCCGCAAGCGCAGAGUCAAUCCAGGCCUGCCAAGCUAGAAAAACAUAGUUGA